ACACAGACUGGCUUCCAUCAGCAGUGCGAGAGUAUGUGAUGUAACUAUGGAUAAAUAAAUUUAAAAAAACCUGCGUUAACGAAACAGUGGACAUUAUUUAGACCAGACAAGGUAUUAUGCUUGUUUUUUGUAAUUACCGCGAGAAUCACAAAAAAUGUUGCCUAAUCAUUAUUAUCACCGAAAAAAAUGCUGUAAAGAAUGUAUAAUUUGUUGUGAAAUGUAGACCGGAAGUAUUUCUUUUGCUGCUUUUGACGGAACACAGGCGGGAGAAAGCACAGGCUAGAGACCACAUAGACGAGGAGGCUGAACGUCGGAUUCUCCGCAGUCACACAAGAUAUGUCUAUAAGGAUGGAAAUGGAUAUCAGUGGAGUGUCUAGGGCACACGUCUCCAUUCUUCCUGCAGCUGAGAUCAAGGCUACAUUGAAACCUGAAGCGGAGAGACCUCGCUGUGCCAGCACCCCAUGUUCACCCAUCAGAGGUACUGUUGCAGGAUAUCAAAUCCUCCACAUGGACUCAAACUAUCUGGUGGGCUUCACCACAGGUGAGGAACUGCUCAAGCUGGCCCACCAGUGGUCAGAAGGCUCUUCAGAAAAGGGUUCUGUUUCAGAAGCCGUCGCUAGUUCCAUCCAGAGUACUGUCCCAAAGCCUGUGGACUUGGGCAUCCACCGAUCUUCACGAAUCUUUAAAGGCAAAAGUCGCUACUACCAACCCUACGACAUUCCUGCUGCCAGCGGGCGUAGACGGAGGCGUAUGCCCAGCUCAAGCGACACCUUCUUGAGGUCCUUGGCCCACGGGGAGCCUGGGAGAAGUUUGCAUACUCAACUACCACUGUGUUUGCUUAAAGGAAAGAGGGCCCAGUCCAAGUCUCUGGACUACCUUAAUCUGGACAAAAUAAGUAUCAAAGAGUCAUCAGACACUGAGGUGUUACAGUACCAACUGCAACAUCUCACUCUGCGAGGGGAGCGCAUGUUUACCAGAAAUAAGACAUGAAAGCUCAGUGGGAGGCAUUUCUGGUAGUGAUCAAGGUGCUGUUUCCAUCUUGGUUUCUUUCUACUCAGAUUAGCAGUUCUUUAAGAAGACAGUUUGAUCAUCUUGUUAUAAUAUUAACUGGGGGUUUUACCUUGUACUGUAUACAUAAUGUUGUGAAGAAAAUCCUUAAAUUGCUCCUCACAUCGUAAUGAGGUCGUUGAAGUUAAAAAAAAUGUGAAUUAUAUAAAUUUAGCAAUAACUGGUGAACAUAUUUAUUGACAUAUUUGUGUUUGUAUUGGUAUGGAGAUGCACUGAUAUAUCAGCUUAUGGCUGAUAAAAGCACACAUACUGUAUUGGCUUUAAAAUGCACUGUUGCUGUCAGUUCAAUAAUACUUUUACUCCUUAGCUGUGAGGAGCUGUGUAGUGGAAGUUUUGCCAGAUUUUAUUCAGAUCAUGGCACUGCAUUCAACUGUCAAAUUAGUAAGAUAAUAAAAGUAUUAUCUUACUACUUAAUUGCUGUUUUGUUGCUGUCAGUAUCAAUAUCAGCGUGUUUUACCUUAAGAUUGAAAUGUAUAAAAAAGAUACUCAAUUCAAAAUCUGUUUAUUUAAGGAUGGCUAGAGCUCUGUGUAUUAAAAUCCAUCUUAAUACAUUGCAUACAGGCCAUAUGUACAUGUUACUGAGUUCACUGUAAUUAUUCCCUCUGUCAUUACUGCUGCUAUAAAGUGAUCCCUCUUUUUUCAAUAUAUUCAUUUUUUUCCUGCCAGUUUUGCCUUUUCAAGAUAACUAGUAUUAGACGUGUCAGAGAAAGAGACAGGAGGGAGGACACGAAAAAUGUCCAGACUCGAGCCAGGGACCUUUUGAUUACAUUGCCCAGUAGACCAGUUGUUACCAAGGUGACCCCAAAAUGGUCCCUUCCAAAUGCGCACAGCUGCACCUUUAACUACACUGUAAAAGGUGCAGGAGUUUGUCUAACUCACAGUGCUGAGACCUCAUUCUAGCUUCAGGUGAACUUAUUCAUUCAAGUGAAUAUAUUUUUAUAGAAAACAAGGACAUUUGGUUUCUCUCACUUCACAGCCAGUAUGGACACGAUAAAGAAUGAUCAGUAACUACCGAUGUACAUUUACAUUGCAUAUUGUAUAAGACAGACUUGAAAAAACUUUCUAUCAGUCUCCCCCCAGUAAGUUUGAAAGGUGGCUGUUGUAGGUUGAUACUUUACGGAGAAUUACAGUCAGCUUGAAUUUAUUUUGGUAUCACCUAUGGUUUGGAUUAUGUUGGCCACAGAAAAUCAUAUUGGUGCGUCUCUAGUUUUGUAAAUUGGCUAAUGUUAAACAGUAUGUAGACGUGUAUAUUUUUAAACCACCUUUGAAAUGGUUAUGCUGUUUUUCCAAUGCAUCUAAUCCAGUGAUAGUUUUCUCAACUUGAUUCCACUGUUUGACAUCUGCUACAGAUCAUCUCUGGAAGUAUCAAUGCACCAUGAUACUGUCACCACCAAGACACCAUUUAGGCUUAAAACACUUAAUUCUGUCUAUCCCACAUAAAAACAGCAAUACUAUACAUAAGCAAAGCCAUGUGAACGCUUAGAGUAAGCAAUAGAAAAUUAAAUUUAGUUUUAUCAACAUUUAAUAUUUGAAACCUCUGUGUUGAAUUUGUAUGAUUGAAUUUGGAUGACUGAUGAUGACAUAUUUCAUCACAAUCCCUAGUAAAUCGUCAGCUAAGAACAAUGAGCUGAUGUACGUCACGGCAAUUAUAAUACUAGAGAUGCUUGACUACAGGGUUAACACCAUAAGAAACAAAGAGCACUGCCCCCCAUGGAGGAGGAAGCUUGAGGCCAAGGUUAAAGCAAAAGAGAGAGAGUCAGCUUACAGAGCUACAGACUGGCAUGAUGAUGAAGAAAGGGCUACCGAUGAACAAGUCUACACCUGAGACACUGGAGACUGCCAAACGAAGACUCACAGCUCCGGCUGCCUGCCUGAAGAAAUACACGAGUAGCAGAAGCUAGGAGAAUAACCCAGGCUGAAACUGAACGGUACAGGAAGAAUAUAUGGGAGGAGGAGGCAUCACAUCAGUGGCUGCUCAGUGGCCGAUGGAUCUAAGAACAGACCACAGACAGAACAGACCAAUAUCCCAGUAACCAUCACAAUGGCAGACAUCCAACUAAGACUGGCAGACAUGAAGAGCUGGACAGCACCGGGCCCUGAUUUGGUCCACACCUGCUGGCUAAAGAAACUAACUGCACUCCAUGAAGGAAAGAUUUUACAUCUUUACUCUCAGUGUGAUAUAUAUUUGCAUCUUAAGAUUCAUUGAAAUUCCAUUGAGAAAUUUAUUUGUGUUUGCUAAAGAAAAAGCAGGAAUUUUCUUUAGACUAUAGCAUGAUUAGGAUGUGAGCAACAGAGGAUGUGAAAUGAUGUUUUAAAAUAUAUCAUGACAUGUUUAGACCACAGUUUAAAUACCAUUCUAUGUGUGUUGCAAUUGGAAUGCAGACCUUGUGCUUGUGUUGGGUGGAAAUGUUCUUUACUUUAUUGUUCUGUUUAUCUUUGCUAAAGAAAUUCAUAAAAGAAAGUAAAAUUUUCUUUUUGCUUAACUGCA